UGAGUACUGCUACUACCUAGUCCGCUAUAAACCAAAGCAUCAGGCCGACUGGAAGCCAGAGAUCCGGCUGCCCAGUGGCAGUGAGUAUGUGGUUCUGAGCGGACUGGAGUGGAACACGGAGUACGAUGUGUUUGUGGUGGCAGAGAACCAGCAGGGGAAGUCCCAACCUGGAACCCUGACCAUCAGAACCUCUCCAGAACCCUCUGCCAUCCCAGAUAUAGACGGGGAGUCUGCCCUCUCCAUGGGCAUCAUGGCAGGGAUCCUCAUCUUGGCCUUCGUCCUGCUGCUCCUGGCUGUGGACGUCACCUGCUACUUCACCAACAAGUGUGGCCUCAUCAUGUGUCUGUGUUGCAAGCCAGGCAGCGGAGCCAAGGGACACAACCUAGAACAGGGCAAGGCUGCAUUCAUAAAGGAUGAGUCCAAAGAACCCAUAGUGGAGGUGAGGACAGAGGAUGAGUGCACAGCCAAUCACAACGCAGGAGGACCCACGGAACCCAGUGAGACCACACCCCUUACAGAGCCAGAGCUGGCCGCUCACACUGCUGCCCUGGCUCUGGAUACCCUCUCGUCUGUAGCCACCAUCUCUGACACAGCCAACACAACCUAUGACCCCGCCCAGGACAGCCCCUCUAGUGAGAGCACCGCUCUCACCUGUAGCCUGUCUGCCCUCGCUACUGACCCCCUGCCUGCCCCCGCCCCGGCACCCACUCCAGAGUCCAACACAGCCCCCCCAACCCCCUUCAUCUCCACCUCUGACAUCACAGCUAGAGUAGCCCCCCUGUUAGACCUUCUAGGAGACAGCUCUCCUAGAGCAGACAACAUGUAUGCCACUGCUGUUAGUGCCACAGAUUGCCCUACAUCUCCUAAAAAUUCCCCUAUUCCAAUACCACCUAGGCGUCGAAACUCUAACAGACCUGCUCCUUCUCCUCCCACUCCCAAGAGCCCCACACCUACCCAUUCCACCACCAUGGCCCCCAGGAAAUCUGCCCCGGAAAGUCCCUCUCUUGCCCCCUCCACUGCCUCUCCUAGUCCAAACACCAGGAAAGCUGCCCCUAUUGCCCCAGACAGCCCCUCUCCUGCUUCUAUGGCAUUCACUUUCCCAGCCUCUGACACCUCCACCUCUAAACUUGCUCCCACUACCACAUCUGUCCCUAGUGCUCCUACUACUGCCUUCAAUGCUGACAUAACUGCUGCUAUCGUUCACGAGGACACAAUCAAAUGUGCCCCUGUUUUCCCAGACAUUCUCACUAGUAUUCCAGUUCCCACAAGUGCCACACCUGCCCCUAAUGCUUCCACUGCCCCGAGCUUUGCCACACCUGCUGCCCCCACGGUCACUAUCACACUGGCUUCUACUAUCUACGACACCCCAACACCCACCCUGACCCCCCACAUGCCCACCACCACAGCACCCCAAGCCCCAGAGAUAGAGUUAGAGUUGACCAAUGGGGUGGAGACUGAGUGCCCCUCCAUGCCCCCAGCAGAGCCCACUAGGUUUCAGAGUAGUCCCAUUCCCUCCCCUGCCCCUGGCCUUUCCUCAUCCUCCUCCCCCCUGGCUAAUGGAAACGGGUUUGGGGCAGACCUCCAGGCCUCAAGCCCCCCAGCUCUGGAGGAGUUAGACAGUCCGGCCAAGGCUGCUCCACUCAACGACGAGAAGAUAUUUGGAGGUGAGAAAAGUAAAGCGGAGGAGGCUGAGGUGAAGACAGCUCUGUCAGAGGUGACCACAGAACACAACAAUGUCACACAGAGAAACGCCAGCGACAACAAAGCAUGAUUGGGCAGCCUCAGCCCAUCCAAGAUGGCGGCGGCAGCAACACUCAUUACAGUCUGCAGCAGUUUUUCUUUCCAGUGCCCUUACUGCAUUUCCAGAACAGCAACAUGUGUCUGUGCAAUAGAGUUCAUUAGAGAACGAUCUGAUUGUGCAAACAUUUUUAUUCUCACAUAUGAUUUGUUUUGCUACACACAUGGAACACUAAAGAAUUCCAUUUGAGUGAUUUCAAGUGGUAUAGGAAACAAAAUUCUAGUUUUUACAACUACUCAGAGUUAUAAUUUUUUCAGUGAGGAUAAACAAUGGAUUAUUCAGGAACAUAACACUGAGUGUACAAAACAUUAGGAUUAUCUUCCUAAUAUUUAGUUACACCCCCUUUGCCCUCAGAAUAGCCUCAAUUCAUCGGGGCAUGGACUUUACAAGGUGUCGAAAGCGUUCCACAGGGAUGCAGGCCCAUGUUGACUCCAAUGUUUCCUGCAGUUGUGUCAAGUUGGUUGGAUGUCCUUUGGGUGUUGGACCAUUCUUGAUACACACGGGAAACUGUUGAGUGUGAAAACCCAACAGCAUUGCGGUUCUUGACACCUGGUACCUACUACCAUACUCCGUUCAAAGGCACUUCAAUAUUUUGUCUUGUCUAUUCACCAUCUGAAUGACACACACACAAUCCAUGUCUCAAUUGUCUCAAGGCUUAAAAAUCCUUAUUUAACCAGCCUCCUCCUGUUCAUCUACACUGAUUGGAGUAAAUUUAACAAGAGACAUCAAAAGGGAUCAUAACUUUCUUCUGGAUUCACCUGGUCAGUCUGUCAUGGAAAGAGAAUAAUGUUUUGUACACUCAGUCUAUAUAUACUGAAGAGAUUGACCAUGUAGACAUUAUUUUAUUAUUUCCAUGUUACAUUGUUCAAAUGUUUGAUGGCUAGUCUCAUCGAAUAGUCUCAUCGAAUAGUUUGUUUGCAUGUCUGAUUUGCAAAUGGUUCUUAAUGUUUUGUUUGAAACAUUUGACUGUUUUACUCUUUACGUCUGUAUUAGGGUGGGUUAUCAUACAGAUUGUUUCAUUGUUUCAAACAGAAGUUCAUUGAUUUGGUUAACACCACUUCCCCAUGCGCCAAGGCAAGCUCUGAGUGACAGAGACAGACAGAAAGGAAGGUAGGGUUAUUUCUAGCUAGCAGCCCACAGUGCUGGGAAAGCUUGGGUUUCAAAGAAAGCCAUAUUAUCAUAGAUAUGUAUCAGGAGUUAUCAUAUGAGAUGUCUUCAACUCGCCUUACCUGGAGGUUCAGGAAAUGAAUACUGUAUUGUGCUAAAUGCAGAAGUACGUAUUGAGCGAAUAUUGUACCGGUAUUCACAAUGGAACACAAGAUCGAGCCAUGUGCAACCGAUCCAGUGGUUCUCACAGAGAAAGGUUGUAGAGAAUAACGUUUAGUGAUCUAAGUGAAUGUCUCAUCAUGACCCAAGCACCACCACCUCCUUGUUUUAACAUCAACUAUGAUGAGUAUCUUAUUAUAUUCACAAGAAAACAAAGAAAAUGGCUGACAUUUAUCAUUUAGAAUCGUGUUUUUGAAGCAAAAAUCUUUUAAAGCAGUUUUUGUACUCUAUAUGGAAAGGUUUCUUUUCCACUCCUGACUGCGAGCUUGUGCACUGUGACUGUGUCAAUAGAUUGUCUUGUCGUCACUUUCAAUAAUAUCUGCAUAGCUUUGUCGUGAAAGGUUUACCUGUAUAUUCUUUUUAUAUUGUAUCUAUGAAAACAGUACAGCAAAUGUAUAUACAGUAUAGAGUUGUUGAUAUGUCCCAUCACACAGAGGUCUAGUGCAGUCUGUAACACAGCCUGGGGAGAUAUGUUGAGUUUUGGGCAUGAUGCAUACAAACGGUACUUUAUAAAAUAUGUGUAACAGAAACCCAAACAGACGUGCCUAUGUUUGUUUAGGCAAUGUGAGUUUCAUAUUGAGUUAUGUGAGGGAGUUAUCAGAAUGAGGUCUGUUCGGGCCUAUAAAACGCUUUAUUUUAGUCUCCAGUUGUUGUUCAAGUGUUCUGUAAUGUUGUCUUUGAAUUGAUUUCGUUUUUGUACAAUAGCAGGCAUCAUGAGCUUGUUGCCUGUUGACUUUAUAAUGCCAGAGACGGAGGGCAGGUUGGUAAUUUGACAACAGAAGAAAACAACACCAAAAUGUUAAUACUGUAUGUUCUGCCACUUUCAUGUAAACAAUCAUUCCCCUCAGUACAUCAGUGGAAUAGGACAGUCAUGCCAGAACCUGUACAAUACAACCCUCUGCUGUUGUCAUCCUCCCACCCCGUCCCCUAUCUCUGGGGCCUCUUGGUUUUACUGGGUGGAACCCAGUGGACCGUUCUGCUCUCGGCGGUCUACAGUCAGAGUACUAACCCAUUUACAAAAUAAAACAAGGUUUUGGAACCUCA